AUGAGUGGAUUAAGCAUAGUUGAAGCUUUCUUGAAAAAUUAUGGGUUUUUAAUAAACAUAACGAUUGUUUUAAAUGUACUGACAUCUUGUGUAUGUUACAUCGCUCCGAUCAUAUCACUUUACAGUAGGAAGAAGUUGAUCAAGUUAAUUAAACUGAUUGAUACGGGAUUUUACACCUAUUCAGAUGAGGAUAUAUUCCAGACAUCAGAAUACUCAGCGAAAGAUUUACUCUUCAAGGAAUUCAUGGUAUGUGCAUUCGUCUGGGUCACAUACAUCGGUAUGACCUUAACUCCUCUAGUGGUCACUUUGCUGCUCGAAGAUCACGAAAAUUCAGUUUUCGACUUACUAUACGUUGCCUGGGUACCAUUUGGAAUUGAAACCGGACAGCAGUUCUUUUUCAGCUACAUUUUACAAUUCAUCAGCACUAUUCCUUUGUACACAUCAUUCUGCAGUAAAAUACUGUUCACUAAUAACAUCAGCAUAGAAUUCGAAUACCAAUGUGAAAAGCUGAAAUACGCCUUGAGGACGAUUUGCCAGAGAGUUUCAAAUAAAUUUGAAAUGAGUGAUACGAUCAGUAAUGCAAACGCUUACUCUGCUAAUGGUUCAAAAUUUGUGUUUUGCGAUGAAGAUGAAUUCUUGCGAAAGUUUUCCGAAUGCGUGAAACACUACAGACAAUUGCAAAAAUGCUUGGAUUACUUCAGUGAAUGGUUCAAUUUGAUAUUUUCUUGCGAAUUGACCUACGGAUUCGUGAGUUUUGCAUUAAUCGGAUAUGUCAUGAUAACAGGAACCGGUAACACUGCAACAGAUGGAAAAUACGUUUGCUUAUUAGGCUUAUUCGGGGGGCAACUUUGUUAUCAAUGUGUCGCAGGGGAAAUAAUAUUCACUAUUGAAGAAACAAUUAUAGAUGAACUAUACAAUAUUGCAUGGUACGAACAAACACCUAAAGUAAAAAAGUGUGUGCAAUUAUUUCUCAACGAAUUACAACAACAAAGAAAACUACGAGGAUUCAAAAUAUUUCCAGCAUCAAUUCCAAUUUUUGCUUCAAUCGCCAGAACUUCGUAUUCCUACUUGAAUUUACUGAGCAAAAUGAUGCAUAAAGUUAAUAAUUAG